AUGGUAGCUGCUCAAAAGGCAUUCGCCACUCAAGUUCAAGCGUUUAAGCUUGCCAUAGAUGAAGAUACCCUCGAAUACAUUAAUGGCAUUUUAGAAGAUCUGACUGAUCUCGACUCGGUUCGCGAAGCAACUGAGCAAUUCCUGCAAGAUGCGGUAGAUGAUCAAUCUGUGAUCGAUCGUUUUUAUGCGACAAUGAAGUUGGAUUCCGCAACCCCUUCAACGCAAGCGGAAGUACCGACUUUAAGAAAACCACUGCGGAUAGACGAAACAAGCAAAGAUAUGGAGUCUUUGUCUCUUGAUUCGUCUAGUAAGGUCGAUAAUAAGACAACAGCGAAAUCGAAACUCUUGGGAAGAAGAUCAAAGAAAAACAAGGAAAUUACUCCUAAUUCAUCAGAUCAAGACCAACCCGCUGUUGAAAUUCAAGCAUAUUCGCAGCAAAGUCGAUUUCAUCGCGAAACUUUCGACGCCAGCAAUACUGAAAUUGAUAUCAAGGGUGUAAAUGUUGUAGUUAAUGGUAAGGAAUUACUAGUUGAUGCGCAUUUGAAGCUGAAAGCUGGUAUUCGAUAUGGUAUGGUUGGGCAAAACGGUGUUGGAAAAUCAGUACUCAUGUCUGUGAUGGGCAACGAUACCUUGGUCGGAUUACCGCAAAAUGUCAGAAUAUUGCAUAUUGCUCAGCUCGAAGAUAUUCAUGCUGGCAGAAAUGUCGUUGACGAGGUUUUGCAUGCGGAUAAAAACAGAGUACGACUGAUCCAUGAGGCAAAGGCAUUGCAGAAUGUUAUGUCGUCGUCUUCUGGAGCUUCCACCACUGCAGCCAAUCCAGAAUUGAACAAGGUCGUCCAUCAGCUUCUGGUUGACCGAGCGAACGAUCGACUAGAUCAUGCUCAGAAAUUAGCGACCAAGCGAUCCGGUGCCCGUGGUUGGGAUGCACGCUUAGAUCUCAACAAGGUGGAGCAAGAAUGCAGGGACCUAGAAGCUGCUGACCCUAAUACGUUUGUUACACCGCAAAUGGUGAAUGACAUGAUGACCGAAGUUUUUGAAACAUUCGGUGUGAUGGAUCUCGAUGCCGAUGAAGUCAAAGCCAAAAGAAUUCUUCAUGGUCUUGGAUUUACCGAAGAAGAAAUCUCGAAACCAAUCGAUAACUAUUCCGGAGGCUGGAAAAUGAGAAUCGCAUUGGCCAAAGCUUUAUUCAUGAAGCCAGAUAUUCUUCUUUUGGAUGAGCCUACGAAUCACUUGGAUCUACCGGCCAUUCUGUGGUUACAAGAUUACAUACAAAAUCAUACAGAAGGUCAAACAAUUGUGGUGGUAUCCCACGACCGCAAUUUCUUAGAUGAAGUAACUGAGGAGACCAUCAUCUUCAGAAAUAAGCAACUUUCUUAUCACGUUGGAAAUUACGCAGACUGGGAGAAGAACACGGAGGAGCAGAGACGCCGCAAGCAAAGAUUAAAGGAUAUUACGGAAAAACGACGAAAGCAAAUGAUGGCAAGCAUUCAGAAGAAUGCUCAGCAGGCCAAAUCGACUGGAGAUGACAAGCGUCAUGGUCUAAUAGCCUCUCGCAAAAAGAAACUGGAGAAAUUGGGAAUGGAGAAAACUGAGGACGGCAAGAGGUUCAAGCAAAGUUACUAUGCUGGAUACCAUCUCAGUGCUCGUGUCGAAAUCGUAGUCGAGGAAGGCGUAAAGACGGCUGAUAUUAAGAUUCCUGACCCUGAGCCGUUACGAUACCAUGGACCAAUUCUUCAACUUGAUGAUGUUUCGUUUUCAUAUGGGCCAAAGAAAGUCAUCAAUGAGGUCUCUCUGGAUGUGACUCAAGGAGCACGUAUAGCUCUUUUGGGGCCCAACGGAUGCGGCAAGUCGACGCUGAUGAACUUACUCGCUGCAGAAGCCGCGCCGGCAAAGGGAGAGCUGAAAAAAUACCAUCGUCUACGCGUUGGCUAUUUCUCGCAAAACACAGUGGAUCAGCUCAACCUUAAUCUGACGCCCCUUCAACAAAUGAUGGAGUUGUAUCCAGGAAUUAAAGAACAAGAAUGCCGAGCGCACUAUGGUGGAGUUGGAGUGAGCGGCGACAUUGUCAGGCGGCCGAUUCGAUCGCUCAGUGGUGGCCAACGCAACAGAGUAGCGCUUGCUAUGGUGACUUUCAUGGAGCCUCACGUUCUAUUGCUCGAUGAAAUUACAAAUCACUUGGAUAUGGGCACAGUUGAAUCUCUGGUCGAGUCAUUGAGCGGAUACAGUGGUGCUCUUGUUUUGGUGAGCCACGACGUAUGGUUUUUGCGUCAGCUCAUUGAAGGCGAUCCUGAUGACAGCGACGAAGAAGAGACCGAAGAUGAUGGUCCCAAAGGUGACUUUUAUGUCCUUCAAAAGGGCAAGCUCAAGCGAUGGGAAAAGGGAUUGGAUGCAUACGUGGAAAAGGUGCAACGGUCUGUAGUUGCGCAGUAG